AUGGCAGUGGCAGCAGCUCUGACCGGACUCCAAGCAGAAGCUAAGUGCUCCAUCUGUCUGGAUUACCUGAGUGACCCCGUCACCAUCGAAUGUGGGCACAACUUCUGUCGUUCCUGCAUCCAACAGUCCUGGCUGGAUCUACAGGAAUUGUUCCCUUGCCCUGUCUGUCGUCACCGGUGUCAAGAGGGGCACUUCAGGAGCAACACCCAGCUGGGAAGGAUGAUUGAAAUUGCCAAGCUACUCCAGAGCACCAAGAGCAAUAAAAGGAUGCAGGAAGAGACGACCUUGUGCGAGAAACACAACCAGCCCCUGAGCGUUUUCUGCAAGGAGGACCUGAUGGUGUUGUGUCCCCUGUGCACUCAGCCCCCUGACCACCAGGGCCACCAUGUGAGGCCCAUAGAGAAAGCUGCCAUUCAUUAUAGGAAAAGAUUCUGCAGUUACAUCCAGACCCUGAAAAAGCAAUUGGCAGACCUCCAAAAAUUAACAAGCACUCAAAGCAAAAAACCCUUAGAACUGAGAGAGAUGGUGGAAAACCAAAGGCAGGAAUUAUCCUCUGAAUUUGAGCACCUCAACCAGUUUUUAGAUCGUGAGCAACAGGCAGUUCUCUCCAGAUUAGCUGAAGAAGAGAAGGACAAUCAACAGAAACUCAGUGCAAACAUAACAGCAUUUUCAAACUACAGUGCCACACUCAAAAGCCAGUUAAGAAAGGUAGUAGAGCUCAGUGAGCUGUCUGAACUGGAAUUGCUGUCACAAAUUAAAAUUUUCUACGAAUCUGAAAAUGAGAGUAGCCCAUCGAUCUUUUCAAUUCAUUUAAAGAGAGAUGGCUGCAGUUUUCCUCCCCAAUAUUCUGCUCUGCAGAGAAUUAUAAAGAAAUUUAAAGUAGAAAUAAUUCUAGACUCUGAAACAGCACACCCUAACCUGAUUGUAUCUGAGGAUAAAAAAUGUGUGAGAUUUACAAAGAGAAAACAAAAGGUUCCCGGUUUCCCAAAAAGAUUUACGGUCAAGCCAGUUGUUCUGGGUUUUCCAUAUUUUCAUUCUGGCAGGCACUUCUGGGAGAUUGAAGUGGGGGAUAAGUCGGAAUGGGCUAUUGGCAUUUGCAAAGACUCUCUUCCCACAAAGGCGAGGAGACCCUCAUCAGCCCAGCAGGAAUGUUGGAGAAUUGAGCUGCAAGCUGAUGGCUAUCAUGCACCAGGGGCUUUUCCAACCCCUCUGUUGUUAGAGGUGAAAGCCAGGGCCAUUGGCAUUUUCCUGGACUAUGAGAUGGGUGAGAUCUCAUUCUAUAAUAUGGCUGAGAAAUCUCACAUCUGUACUUUCACUGACACUUUUACUGGGCCUCUUCGGCCUUAUUUCUAUGUAGGCCCAGAUUCACAACCUCUCAGAAUCUGUACAGGGACAGUUUGUGAAUGA